AGGCCUAUAAAUGGAGGAGUCUUAGCUAGCCCAAUGAACCCAUCAAGCUUCAAGCUCCUUCCUUUUGUCUCCUCUGUUCCAUCUUUGUCUUUGGCCAUUAAUUAAUUGUGUUAGCAGGUGAAGAUGAAGAAGGUUAUCAUCCCUAAUUCUGCCCUGUGCGUAAUGCUCGUGAUGAUGCUUGUUCUGGGAGAAGUGAGUUUGUCAAUGGCAGUAACUUGCAAUGCGUUAGAGCUUUCUCCUUGUCUCCCUGCAAUAACCACCGGCUCUGCCCCAUCUGAGACUUGUUGCGUCAAGUUGAAGGAACAAGAAUCAUGCCUUUGCGGAUUUGCUAAGGACCCUAAUCUUAGGAAGUACUUACUUUCCCCCAAUGCCAAGAAGGUUGCCACCUCCUGUGGGAUUCCCAUCCCUACCUGCUAGACCCAUAUUGGCAGUGUUGGUAGUUAUCUCUAGAGAGAUACUGCAUGCAUGGAAUGAUUAUUGUAAUGACUAGCUCGUAUUACAUUAAUAAAGUUUUUCUUUGAUGAAUUAUGUUAAUAAAGUUGAGUCAUGGGUAUCACUUGAUGCUAUUCCAAGUAAUAGUAAAUGAGUUUGGAUCAGGUCUUUGUACAUGAAUCAUUCUAGCAUGGUGUUUGAUGCACACUUGAAAUCCACUCGAUGUGAAAGCCUAUUGUAAAAAGAGAGAGAAUGAAUGGAUUAAAGGACGUAAUUCCUUCCACAU